AUGACUGUUCGUGAUGCCUUAAAUUCAGCUUUAGAUGAGGAAAUGGAAAGAGAUAAAAAUGUUUUUUUACUCGGUGAAGAAGUUGCUCAGUAUGAUGGUGCAUAUAAAAUUUCAAGGGGACUCUGGAAAAAAUAUGGCGAUAAAAGAGUUAUAGAUACUCCAAUCACUGAAAUGGGAUUUGCUGGUAUUGCAGUGGGAGCUGCUAUGGCUGGUUUAAAGCCAAUAUGUGAAUUUAUGACUUUUAAUUUUGCCAUGCAAGCUAUAGAUCAAAUUAUUAAUUCUGCUGCCAAAACCUUUUACAUGUCAGCUGGUUUGGUGAAUGUUCCUAUUGUUUUUAGAGGGCCUAAUGGUGCUGCUGCUGGAGUUGCUGCACAACAUUCACAAUGCUUUGCAGCUUGGUAUGCUCAUGUUCCAGGUUUAAAAGUAAUUUCGCCUUAUUCUUCUGAAGACUGUAGAGGACUGUUAAAAGCUGCUAUUAGAGAUUCAGAUCCAGUUGUGUUUUUAGAAAAUGAAAUAUUAUAUGGUCAACAAUUUCCAGUUGAGGAUGAAGUACUUUCAAAAGAUUUUGUCUUGCCUAUUGGAAAAUGCAAAGUAGAAAGACCUGGAAAACAUGUCACUUUAGUCGCACAUUCUAAAGCAGUUGAAACAGCAUUAGAUGCUGCAAAAAUUUUAGCAGGAGAAGGAAUUGAAUGUGAAGUAAUUAAUCUUAGAUCUAUUAGGCCAUUAGAUGAAGAAGGAAUAAAACAAUCGGUACUGAAAACAAAUCAUUUAGUAACUGUAGAACAUGGUUGGCCAUUUUGCGGAGUUGGUGCAGAAAUUAUUUCUAGAAUAUCAGAAAUGACGGGUGUUGAUGUGCCCAUGCCUUAUGCAAAAACAAUUGAAUCAAUGGCUUUGCCACAACCAAAAGAUGUUAUUAAAGCUGUUAAAAUAGUCUUAUCGGGAAAAAUGUCAUGA